UGUUCCAGUUCACACUUCAGUGCAUUGUCAAAUGUCAAAUAUAGAAAACCUCUGUUGAAUGAACGUUCACAAGUUUUGUGCUCGCUGUUAUUAAAAUAAAUUUUACUGUUCAAGAUGGCUCUAAAAGCUCUAGUAGGACAAAAAAUUAUGAAUGAAGUGAUACGGUACCGGCCCAAAGGUAAAGAAAAUCAAAAAGUUGAAUGGAGGAUCCUAAUUGUGGAUCAGCUCUCUAUGCGGAUGGUGUCUGCUUGCUGCAAAAUGCAUGAUAUAUCUGCUGAGGGGAUUACAUUGGUAGAAGACAUUCAUAAGAAGAGGGAGCCUCUCUACACAAUGGAUGGAAUUUACUUAAUCACGCCAUCUGAAAAGUCGGUGCAUGCUCUUAUCAAUGACUUUUCUAUUGGCAAUCGUAUAAUGUAUAAGGCUGCACAUGUGUUUUUCACUGAAGCUUGUCCUGAUGUACUAUUUGAUGAAUUAUCCCGUAGUCGUGUAGCUAAAUAUAUCAAAACAUUAAAGGAAAUCAACAUAGCUUACAUACCAUAUGAACAACAGGUGUUCUCCUUGGACUCUCCGGAAACCUUCCAAUGCAUGUACAAUCCGGCUCUCACCCAAACUCGGAAUGCUAAUAUGGAGCGCAUUGCAGAACAAAUAGCUACUCUUUGCGCAACACUUGGAGAAUAUCCAUCUGUGCGAUAUCGCAGUGAUUGGGAGCGAAAUGUGGAAUUAGCUCAGUUAAUUCAACAAAAACUUGAUGCUUACAAGGCUGAUGAACCGACAAUGGGUGAAGGUCCGGAGAAAGCACGGUCUCAGCUGUUGGUUUUGGAUCGCGGGUUUGAUUGCGUGUCGCCACUCUUGCACGAGCUCACCUUGCAGGCUAUGGCCUAUGACCUGCUGCCCAUUGAGAAUGAUGUCUACAGAUAUGAAGCUUCAGCUGGGAGCAUGAAAGAAGUCUUGUUGGAUGAAAAUGACGAACUUUGGGUAGAAUUGCGCCAUCAACACAUUGCUGUUGUGUCCACAUCAGUCACCAAGAACUUGAAGAAAUUCACAGAGUCUAAGCGCAUGGGAGGAGGUGACAAACAAUCUAUGAGGGAUCUAUCGCUCAUGAUCAAGAAGAUGCCCCAAUACCAGAAGGAGCUAUCAAAGUACGCUACUCAUCUGCGUCUUGCUGAAGAUUGCAUGAAGGCAUACCAGGGAUAUGUCGACAAACUCUGCAAAGUUGAACAGGAUCUCGCUAUGGGUACUGAUGCAGAGGGUGAGAAAAUUAAAGAUCACAUGAGGAGCAUUGUUCCAGUUCUCUUGGACCAGACAAUCAAGAACUACGACAAGAUGCGUAUAAUAGCGCUGUACAUCAUGUCGAAGAACGGCAUCUCUGAAGAGAAUCUCAACAAGCUGGUGACGCACGCGCAGCUCGAGACCUCCGACAAACAAGCGCUGCUGAACCUCGCCAACCUCGGCUUGAACGUUGUUGUUGAUGGCAACAGGAAGAAGCAAUAUCAAGUGCCACGAAAGGAGAGAAUCACCGAACAAACUUAUCAGAUGUCCCGAUGGACACCUGUUAUCAAGGACAUAAUGGAAGACGCUAUUGAUGAUAAGCUGGAUCAACGUCAUUUCCCGUUCCUGGCCGGUCGCGCCCAGACUUCUGGAUACCAAGCUCCGACAAGCGUACGUUACGGCCACUGGCACAAGGAUAAAGCUCAACAGACCAUCAAGAAUGUACCUCGACUGAUCGUGUUUGUAGUUGGAGGUGUGUGCUUCUCGGAGGUUCGUUGCGCGUACGAAGUGACCGCGGCGCUGAAGAACUGGGAGGUCAUCAUCGGCUCCUCUCACAUUCUCACUCCCGACAACUUCCUCUCUGACCUCAGCUCUCUCACGGCUUAAACAUUGACAUCCACAUACAUCUGGUUUUAUCCUUUGAACCUCCCGAUUUAUUUACCAUAAGAUUGGGUUUCGUUCACUUUACGCGUUUUGAGGGUAUGUCGGAAAGUACAAUCGUCUCUAAAUUGCCUAUUAUAGAUUUUUGUGAUUUUAUUUACACGAAAUUGAGUAUUAUAAUUAUAUAUCGGGACGGAUGCUGCGACGUGACAUCUAUGUUUUCGUUAUUAUUAUAUAGGUUUAUUAAAAGACUAUGUAUGAAAUGUUUAUUUUAAUGAUACUAUAAUUUUACGUUUCAUGUUAAAAGUUUGAAAAAGUGUUGCUGUUAUGUGUACAUACAUUUAAAUUUAAUGAAACAUCGUGUGUUACUUUAUGGUAUUUUUAUCUAGUAGCUCAUUUUAGCUACAAUCAUUAAAGAGUAGCUAAGCUAUUUCAAAAUUAUCUGAAAUUAUAUUUGAAUAAAAAUUCAUGUUAUGCAUAUUUAUUAUAAGAAUUAUGUGAUUAGUAUUUUCUUCAAUCGCGAUUAAUUCAGUUAUUUCAAAAUAAGUAAGGCACUUCAUUUUUAACCGUAAUGUCCCCAAAUUAUAAACUUUUCUUCCUUAAACUAGCAUAUGUCGUUAUUAGAAUAGUUCAGAUAGCGUCUAGAACAAAUUAAUGUAUGUACUAGUACUUACUGAAAUAAUUCGUAUAAAACUCGCUUCUAUGUUUGUAAGAGAAAUAAAUAGCCGAUUUACCUGCUAUAUCGAAAAAAGUAUUAUGUUUCGUUAGUCUAAAGGACAGAUGUGUGAACAUUUCACAUUGAUUCAUUAUAUUUUCUUCCGUUCCAAAAACGGUGAUCCUCAAUUUUUUUUUUUUUUUAGUUUGUAGCUCAAUAAAUUUUAUAUGAUUCUUUUUGUUUUUGAUAGAUAAUUAUUAUUAUAUAUAAUAUAUUCGGUUCCAUUUAAGAACUUGGUGUGGUCCCCCCUAGGGACGUCGGUGCACCUUUUUUUGAAGGAAAGCUAUCAUUUGAAGUUAUUAUAUACAAUAAUAUAUGUUUCAACUACAUAUAAUGUAUUUAUUAUGAACUUGAGCUAAUCAAUAUCAUUUGUUUACAUUCCGCAGUAGCAUAAACUAUAUUAUUAAAAUAAAUUAAUCACAUGACUUUAAUCAACGUUAUAUCUCUAAUAAAUAAGUCAGUUUCGCUCGGUAGUGUUAGUUUAUUUAAUACUAACAAUAAUAAUAGGGUUAUUCUCUGACCUAUAUUUAGCACAUAGAAUGUGUUUUUAUGGUUUUAUUUAUAACACGAUGUAUUUAGUGUAGUCGUGAUUUUACUUAAAAUUAAUACUAAUUGUAGACUUUUGAGUAAACAAUCAACAUGUUUAUUAAAUCAGGAUCAAGAUAAAAAUCACAAAGCAAAUUUUUUCACACAAACGACUAUUCUAGAUACGUUAUUACUAUGCUAGAUAUAAAGCUAUGUUAUAGAAAAUAGCUAAAAUCGGUAUAAGCGAGGCGAAAAGCGAUGAGUCAACUUACAAAUAUCUCUGUCAUUUGGUCUAACUUUUAUUUAAAAAUGUAUUAUGUGAACACGGGUUGUCAUGGUUCUUCGCUUCGUAUUAGUUAUUAAGUAUUUGUGCAAUUAUGUAGAAAUAUGCAUAUUAAUUGUGUUGUCAGUAUUCAUCUGUUAACGGUUUUAUUAAAUUAUUCUUAACCAU